AUGCCUUCCCGGCAAGAAGUUUCUUACUUUGGAGCUGGUCCAGCUCCCCUCCCGACCUCAGUUGUUGAGGCCGGUGGAAAGGCAUUCGUCAACUUCAACGAUGCCGGACUAGGACUCGGCGAGAUCUCGCACCGCUCCCCCACCGCCAACAAGAUCCUCGACGAUGCCAAAGCCAAUCUCUCUGCCCUCCUCGAUAUCCCUGACAACUAUGAAAUCCUGUUCAUGCAGGCCGGUGGCAGUGGCGAGUUCAGCGCUGUCGUGCAGAACCUGGUCCCCGUUUGGAUCGAGCGCCGCCGCCGCCGAGCCGAGGCCGACGUGAAGAAGGCCCAGCCCGGUGCAGAACAGGCCCAGAUUGAUGCAUUGGUCUUCCAGAGACUUCAGAAGGAAGUCGACGAGGAGCUGAAAAUGGAUUACCUCGUGACUGGAUCUUGGUCGCUCAAGGCUUCCCAGGAAGCGAGCAGACUGAUCGGCUCGAAAUAUGUGAACAUCGCGCUUGAUGCUCGCAAGUCAAACGGUGGAAAGUUUGGAAAGAUUCCCGGGGAGGAUACCUGGUCGUUGACUCCUACCAAGAAGGAGGGCGGCAAGGGCUCUGCAUUUGUCUACUUUUGUGAUAACGAAACCGUCGAUGGUGUCGAGUUCCAGCAAUUCCCCAAGUCAUUGGAGGCACAGGGUCAGGACGCCGAGGAUGAGCGCCUUGUUGUGGCCGACAUGAGCUCCAACUUCAUUAGCCGGAAGGUUGAUGUCAGCAAAUACGCUGUGAUCUUCGGCGGCGCACAGAAGAACAUCGGUGUUACCGGUAUCACCAUUGCCAUCGUUCGCAAGGAUCUCCUCCCUCCUCAGACUGCAACCCCUCCCCCUGCUCUGCUCCACCGAUUGAACAUUGGUGGUCUCCCUGGCCCAAUUGUGCUCGACUACGCAAUCAUCGCAAAGAACAACUCCCUCUACAACACCCUCCCCAUCUUCAAUCUUUGGAUUGCUGGUCAGGUCAUGGCCGACCUAAUGACUGAGUUUGGCGCCCAAAAGGUUAACGGUCAAGAGGAGGUCGCCAACAAUAAGGCGCAGCUUAUCUACGGCGCUUUGGACAAGUACCCGCAAGUGUACCAGGUUGUCCCUGACGCCAGCGUUCGCAGCCGCAUGAACAUCUGCUUCCGCGUGAGCGGUGGUGAUGACGCCAAGGAGAAGGCGUUCAUCGCCGGUGCUGAAAAGCGUCUCCUCCAGGGCCUUAAGGGUCACCGCAGUGUAGGCGGUAUGCGUGCCAGCAACUACAAUGCGGUCCCCCUGGAGAAUGUACAGAAACUGGUGAAAUACCUCGAGGACUUUGCUACUGGACUGUAG